CUGGCGCCGGCCGCGCUGCCUCCGGCUUCAGGCCCGAGCUCCCGGUGCUCUGCUGUUGCUGACGCCGCGCGCGCGGAUCUCUGCCCAAGCUGCCACCAUGGGGAUCUUGGAGAAGAUCUCGGAGAUCGAGAAGGAGAUUGCUCGGACGCAGAAGAACAAAGCCACCGAGUAUCACCUGGGCCUGCUGAAAGCAAAACUCGCCAAGUAUCGGGCCCAGCUCCUGGAACCAUCUAAGUCAGCUUCAUCCAAAGGAGAGGGCUUCGAUGUCAUGAAGUCUGGUGAUGCCCGCGUGGCGCUCAUUGGUUUUCCCUCUGUGGGUAAGUCCACCUUCUUGAGUCUGAUGACCUCCACAGCCAGCGAAGCUGCAUCCUACGAGUUCACCACCCUCACAUGCAUCCCUGGAGUCAUUGAAUACAAAGGGGCCAACAUCCAGCUCCUGGACCUUCCUGGCAUCAUCGAAGGAGCAGCACAAGGGCGAGGCCGAGGCCGGCAGGUGAUCGCCGUGGCGCGCACGGCCGAUGUCGUCGUCAUGAUGCUGGAUGCCACCAAGGGCGACGUGCAGAGAGCCCUGCUGGAGAAGGAACUGGAGUCCGUGGGCAUCCGCCUGAACAAACACAAGCCCAAUAUCUACUUCAAGCCCAAGAAAGGUGGCGGCAUCUCCUUCAACUCGACGGUCACGCUGACACAGUGCUCGGAGAAGCUGGUGCAGCUCAUCCUGCACGAGUACAAGAUCUUCAAUGCAGAAGUGCUUUUCCGAGAAGACUGCUCUCCGGAUGAAUUCAUCGAUGUGAUCGUGGGCAACCGCGUGUACAUGCCCUGCCUGUAUGUGUAUAAUAAAAUUGACCAGAUCUCCAUGGAAGAAGUGGACCGUCUGGCCCGAAAACCCAACAGUGUGGUUAUCAGCUGUGGCAUGAAGCUAAACCUGGACUACCUGCUGGAGAUGCUCUGGGAGUACUUGGCCCUCACCUGCAUCUACACCAAGAAGAGAGGACAGAGGCCGGACUUCACAGAUGCCAUCAUUCUCCGGAAGGGGGCCUCUGUGGAGCACGUGUGCCACCGCAUCCACCGGUCACUGGCCAGCCAAUUCAAGUACGCCCUGGUGUGGGGCACCAGCACCAAGUAUAGCCCGCAGCGGGUGGGCCUGACCCACACCAUGGAGCACGAGGAUGUCAUCCAGAUUGUGAAGAAGUAACCGCGCUGCCUGCCAGCCUGGCUCCCUGGGAGUUGGACCCGAACAAGAAGAAGAGUACACACACGCACCACAGGAGGAGACCCUCUCAAGUCUGUUCUUUCCAGAAGCGUCUUCAGUAGGCAGAUGGCACAGCGCCGGGUCUGGAGUGAGGAUGGGGACCAGGGCUCUGCUGAGGACAUUUCCCAUGUGCCUGCUCCCUGUGUUGGGGGCUCCUCAUGGGGAGCCCAUGGCCUGCAUCCCUACCCUGAGCCCCCCCCCAUCUGGGCCAGAUGCUAAUUUACUCACCUUCCUCCCAGCCAGAGCCCCAAGUCGCUACAGGCUCAGUGAUAGGGUAGGGAGCUGGACCUGUCUGGGUCCCUGAGGCUGAAGGGGUGCCUUGUUUCUUCACCACCUGCCAGUUUCUCUGGUGUUCAGGUUCUCAGGACAGAGCCUUGCAGGACCUCCCACAGAGAGCUGUCCAUGGUGGAAACUAGGUCCCAGCCAAAGUAUCUUAAAGUGCCUCCCCCUUAAGCCCCACCCAGGGCAGCCCCUGCUUGCCUAGGCUGGACCUCUUAGGUUUGAUUCUGUUUCUCCUCUAAGCGCCCAUCUCUGCUUUCCUUUCAGAAAUAAAGGACAGAAAGUGA